GGUCCUGGGCACAGGCACUUGGAACAGAAAAGAAUAAAAAGGAGAGAGAGAGAGAGAGAGAGAGACAGAGAGAGAGAGGUUCACACUGCUACUUUAAUGGCGGUUAGGGUUUUUCAUUGAUCCCCCCUCCAAAAGUUAGAAUAAACUUUAAUCUCCUUCCUACGCUUUCCGUCUCUUCUCUCCUCAAAGCCCUAAUUUGUCCUUUUUGAAGCCUUUCCGUUCCGGUUUCGAUUCGGACGAUUCAAUCCCUCUAAUUUUAUCUUCAAAUUUGAAUCGCUGAUAUAGGAGCUGGUAUGGGCGCGCCGGAGAAGUCACAGGUCAAUGCCAAUUCGAUGCAGCGUGUUAAGGUCUACCGUUUGAAUGGUGAUGGUAAAUGGGAUGACCAAGGAACUGGGCAUGUCACUGUUGACUAUUUGGAGCGAUCAGAAGAGCUGGGUCUGUUUGUCAUUGAUGAAGAAGACAAUGAGACAUUACUUUUGCAUCGUAUUAGCUCAGAUGAUAUCUACAGAAAGCAAGAAGAUACGAUUAUCUCGUGGAGAGAUCCGGAAUAUUCUACAGAAUUAGCACUUAGCUUUCAAGAGACCACGGGCUGUUCUUACAUAUGGGACCAUAUCUGUACUGCGCAAAGAAGCCUGCAUUUCAGUGCUCUUAGCAAUGAGACAUUUCACAGUGUGAACAGCGAGUUGAGGGAGUUGCCUGCACUCGAGCUAUCCACACUUCCUUUAAUACUUAAGACUGUGGUUGAGAGUGGCAUAGCUGAUCAGAUGCGACUGACAGAGCUCAUUUUGAGUGAUCAAGAGUUUUUUCGAAAGCUGAUGGAUCUGUUUAAAAUCUGUGAAGACUUAGAAAAUCUUGAUGGUCUUCAUAUGAUAUACAAAAUAGUCAAAGGGAUUAUUUUGCUCAAUAGUCCUCAGGUCUUCGAGAAGAUAUUUGGUGAUGAAUUGAUUAUGGAUAUCAUUGGUUCACUGGAGUAUGAUCCAGAGGUCAAUCAUGACCAACAUCAUCGUAAUUUUUUAAAGGAGCAUGUUGUCUUCAAGGAGGCCAUACCAAUUAAAGAUCCUUUAGUUCUGUCUAAGAUACACCAGACAUACAGAGUUGGUUAUAUGAAGGAUGUUGUUUUGGCUCGAGUAGCGGAUGAGGCGACUAUUGCAAAUCUUAAUUCUAUAAUUCAUGCUAACAAUGCUAUUGUUGUUUCUUUGUUAAAGGAUGAUAGUACCUUUAUUCAGGAAUUGUUUGCCAGGUUGAGAUCACCCUCCAUCUCUGCAGAAUCUAAGAAAAAUCUGGUAUAUUUCUUGCACGAGUUUUGUAGUUUAAGCAAGAGUCUGCAGAUGGUCCAACAGCUCCGGCUAUUUAGGGAUCUUAUGAAUGAAGGAAUUUUUGACAUCAUCACUGAUGCUUUGCAGAGUGAAGACAAAAAGCUCGUAUUAACUGGGACAGAUAUCCUCAUCCUUUUCUUGAAUCAGGAUCCUAACCUUCUUCGUUCUUAUGUUGUUCGGCAGGAAGGAGUUCUACUUCUGGGACUCUUGGUUAAAGGAAUGAUAACAGACUUUGGGGAGGACAUGAACUGUCAGUUUCUUGAAAUUCUUCGCAGUUUACUGGAUUCAUACACAUUGUCUGGAGCACAGAGAGAUAACAUUAUUGAGAUUUUCUAUGAGAAGUAUUUGGGUCAACUAAUAGAUGUCAUAACAGCAUCUUGUCCCUCGGAAGGUGUGGCUCAAUCAAGCGGCAAAUCUGUGGGAUCUAGUGGAAGAAUUGGAAAUCAAAAUGGCACAAAGCCUGAAAUACUGUUCAACAUAUGUGAAUUGCUAUGCUUUUGUGUUCUGCACCAUCCAUAUAGAAUAAAGUGUAAUUUUCUCCUUAACAACGUGAUAGAUAAAGUUUUGUUGGUGACACAAAGAAGGGAAAAAUACCUAGUUGUUGCUGCUGUUCGAUUUUUUCGCACUAUUCUUUUGCGCCAUGAUGAACAUCUGAUAAAUCAUGUUGUUAAGAAUAACCUUCUCAAACCAAUUGUGGAUGCCUUUGUUGGUAAUGGUAGUCGUUAUAAUCUACUCAACUCAGCAGUUUUAGAGCUUUUCGAGUACAUUCGAAAGGAAAACUUGAAAUCAUUGCUUAGAUAUAUAGUUGAUACAUUUUGGAACCAGUUGGUCAAUUUUGAGUAUUUGGCUUCCAUUCAUGCGCUGAAAGUUAAAUAUGAGCAGUCCCUGGAGAAUUGUGGAACAAAAGGCACGGGUAGUGUGUCAGACCCCAGAAAACGAAUUGAUGAACGUGCUCUGGAGAAAGAAGAGGAAGACUAUUUCAAUGAGGACAGUGAUGAAGAAGAUACAGCAUCUGCAUCAAUGUCGAAUACCCAAAAAGUAGAGUCUCAACCUAUUUUAUCCAAUGGAGUUACACCAAGCCACCGGCCAUCAAGUCCAAGAGCUGGUGGACUGGUUGACUAUGAUGAUGAUGAGGAUGAUGAAGACUACAGGCCACCCCCCAGGAAGCAGCCAGAAACUUCUGAUGAAGAUGAAGGAACAAUGGAGUCUCUUAGGUUGAAGCGGAAACCGGCAUCUGCAGAUAACAAGCCUGAGGUGUCAAAGAUGCAGCGGAUUGGAAAAAACUCCAAGUCAAAAGAUAGUGUAUUUGCUGCUUUGUGCUCGACACUAAGCCAGGCGGUGCUACCUAAGAAAACUGCUUGCACCAUUGACACGACUCCUCAUACAGCUGAUGGGAACCAAAUUUCAGUUGAAGAAAAUCUUGAGAACAAACCUGACUCUGACAGAAACAAUUCUGACAGCAGCACCACUUCAGAUGAGAACCACGGAGAGGAGGAACCUGCUGCUCCUAAAAUAUGUUCUGAUCGCUUGCAUAGCACUUCAGACAAUGGACAGUUGGGUGGAGAGGACGCUCCAUUAAUACCACCAAAAUCCUCACCAGAAAUGGCUGUAAAUGGAUCCUAAUUUCUCCAGGCUCAUAUUGAGCAGGGUUGACAUUUUGUUCUGUUUUCUUCUACUCAUGGAUGAUCUUGGCGGUGGAGUGGCUGUGCGAUACCGAAGUAACAAUGCACUUCAACAGAGAAGAAGUUAACAAGGGGGGAUGAAUUUGCUUGAUGGCUUUACGUUGAUUGGAAGGGGAUACUGUAUAGAGCUACUGAUAGACGAGAAAUCUCUACAACAAUAUGGGUCAGAUCUCCCUCUUCAGUUGGUGUUUCUGAUGCUUUGAGCUUAGUAGUUGUCUCAUCUGUAUAACAUUUAUCAGGAUUAAUUUUUUUUUUUCCCAAUUUUCUCACAAGCUUUCAUUUCCUCUUUCCUUCCCCCCCCCCCCCCCCCCCCUCCCCCCCCUCUUCCAAUUACCCUUUAUUUAUUUAGUUUACUUUUAGCCAUGUGAACAAUAUGAUAAAGAGGGCACCAAUGUCUGCCCAUUCAUAGUUUUUUUUAUUUAUUUAUUCCUUCAGUUUUGUGGUGGGUGUGGGUUGUAAUAGAGGUGGUCUAGUGAGUUGGAUAGAGGGCAAAGUUCUACAAUGAGUUCCACUGUAAAUUAGACUUUGAACACUUCUGAAGGGUCUUGAAAAUGUUCGUGCAA